AUGUUCAUGGUUCGAUAGAGAAAAAUUAUCACCAUUCCACUAUCAACGUACGACGCCGCUCCCCUUUUGCACACUUACGACGAUAGUCCGCAACGUUGGGCUAACGGUACAAGCAACGGGCAUCAGGCAGGCGUCAUCAUAGAUCAGUUUCGCCGCCACAGCGCCAAAACGAUCACCAUUGAGGGAGGCACCAGUACCGGUGACACGACGAGCAUCGGCGGCGGCAGCAGCAGCAUUAGCAGCAGCAGCAGCAGCAGCGGCGGCGGCGUCGGCGGCGUCAACGAUUUGCGUUUGAUAAUAACGGCACAACAAAACGAUAUUAUCGAGCGCAAUUACGACCAAGUGACCAAUCGCGGCGGUGGAGGCGGAGGCGGCGGCGCCGUUUUAGGCGUCACCAGCAGCAGCGGCAACAGCAGCAGUGGCAACAGCAGCGGCAGCGGAGGCCAAACACCACCGACACCACAAACGACAACGGCGUCAAUUGGACAAAAGACACUGCUCAACACAAGUCCCAAUCUAUUGCCCAUAACGACCGCAACCGAUACGUUCAACAAUCUCAAGAAUCUGGUCAAGAUCGAUAAGGGCACAACAAACGCGACGAAUCACACCGGCGGCAGCUAUCGUGCCAAUAAAUCGGCUAGUGGGAACAGCAGCAACACCAACGAAUCCCCAUUGGGUGGAAGGAACGGCAGCCGUUCAAGCGCAGGAUCAGGCAGCGGCGGCGGCAGCGGCGGCUCAUCAGCAAUUGCUGGCGUGGGCGGACAAAUUGGUGGCCCAAGCGGACACUACUCCACUGGCUAUAAUAAGAAUACCGUCAAAAUUCGUCAACACGAUUCGGAGCUAAGCCCAAGACCUCGACGAUCAUAUCAAAACGAUUCGUCGUCGUCGCGUUACUAUAACAAAAAUAGUGACAUUUUGGGUGCAAGCGGCAACAACAACAACAACAACAACAAUAGCAACAACAACAGCAACAACAUCGGCGGUGGCGGCAGCGGCGGCAGUCAGCAAACGCUGAACGCUGAUAGCAAUUCGAGCAACUAUAACGGCGGGAGUCUGGGAGUGCAUCGUGGUAGUCGCAACAACUAUCACACAAGCUCCGAUGGCGUCAGCUACAAUCGCAAUCUAAACACCAACUCGAGCAGCAGCUAUCGCGGCAGCGGCGGGCGCUACGAGACGGUCAAUGGCAAUGGCAACAGUAGCAGCAACAUCAACAACAGCAGCAGCAGCAGCAGCGGACAGCAGCAACAACAGCAGCAGCAACAACAACAGCAACAACAACAACGUCAUUACAACAGCAACAACUCGGCAAUUGGCAAGUCAAAUUACGGAACACAACGCGGCGGCAACGAUGGCAACAACAGCAACAGCAGCAAUGCCGGCCACAGCCUGAGCGGACGCUAUCGCGACGACUACAAUCGGGAUAAUCGGGACAAUUAUAGGGACAGUUACGCAGACGAAUCGCCGGCACAUCAACGCUAUAGCGGCGGAGGAGGCGGCGCCGGAGGAGGAGGCGGCGGCGGCGGUGGAGGCGAACGUAACGGACACGCCUCAAAUCGUUAUCGCAGCAGCAACAACGAGGAGCGUUACGAGCGUGGACAAAGCUUGAGACAUCAGCAGCAACAGCACCAACAACAACAGCAGCAGCAGCAGCAGCAACAACAACAACAAAGCUACAAAUCCACAACACCACCGCCAACAACAACAACAGGAGGAAUAUCAGGAGCAGCAGCAGCAGGCGGAGCAACAGCAGCAGCAGCAACAACAACAGUUGCAGCUGGACAACAGCAGCAACAGCAACAUCAACAGCAACAGCCCAUAACUGGACGCUGGAUACCGCCAUCGCUGCGUCCACAGCAUGGCCUGACGCAGAGCGAGAAAAAUGAUGCAGUAUUCCGGCGUGUGCGCGGCAUAUUGAAUAAAUUGACGCCCGAGAAAUUCCAGGAGCUGAGCGAUGAGCUGCUCAAGCUUGAUCUUAACUCAAUUGUCAUACUGAACGGUGUCAUUUUGCUGAUCUUCGAUAAAGCCUUGGACGAGCCCAAAUACUCGUCUAUGUAUGCACAGCUGUGCAAGCGUUUGUCCGAGGAAGCGCCAUCAUUUGAAAAGGAACCAAACAAUUCGUGCACAUUUCUGCGCCUGCUGAUCGCCGUCUGUCGGGACAAGUUCAACAAUCGACUGAAGCGGGAUGAGGCGAACGAUAAUCGACCACCGCCCGAGAAUGAGGCCGACGAGGAGGAGCGACGUCAUUUGGCCAAACAGCGUAUGCUGGGCAAUGUCAAGUUUAUUGGGGAGCUCAAUAAGUUGGAUAUGCUUUCAAAGAAUGUAUUGCAUGCGUGCAUUAUGGAGCUAUUGGAUAAGAAGAAGAAGCGUACGGCCGGUGCGCAGGAAAUGUGCGAGGACAUGGAAUGCCUGGCUCAAUUGCUCAAGACUUGCGGCAAGAAUCUGGAUUCAGAACAGGGCAAAGAGCUGAUGAACCAGUAUUUUGAGACGUUGGAACGUCGUUCAAAAUCAACUGAAUAUCCACCAAGGAUACGCUUCAUGCUAAAGGAUGUCAUCGAAUUGCGACAAAAUCAUUGGAUACCGCGCAAAGUUGGCGGCAGCUCCGACGGACCCGUCCCCAUAAAGCAAAUACGCUCGGACGACGACUCAAUAAUUCGCACCCCGUUCGCCAAUCGCAAUCGCGAUAUGCGCAACAAUGAUCGCGACGGCGACAGCUGGAUGAAUCGAUUCCAUUUGAAUAUACAGCCCGGCGCCUACAAUGACAUGUUCAGCGGGCUGAGUGUGACGGGCGCAUCGCCAAUUGUAUCGCCCUUUGCUACAAGCGCUAACAAUCGGGACCGUGAUCGGGAUCGUGAUCGUGAUAAUCGCCAGUACAACAAUCGCGAUCGCAAUCGUGAUCGUGACGGCGGCAACAGCGGCGGCGGCGGCGGAGGUGGAGGAGGCGGCGGCAACUAUAACAAUCGUUACAACAACAAGCACAGCAAUCAGAACGGUGCUGGCAACGGAGGAGGAGGAGGUGGCGGCGGCGGUGGCGGCGUAGGAGGUGGUGGUGGUGGGGGCGGCGGUAAUCGCGACGAUUCUCGCGGCAGCGGCGGCUCGCACCGGAACAACGAUCGGAACAAUGAUCGCAACAAUGACGGGCAAUACGGCAGCGGAAAUCAGCUGAUGCUGGGCGGCAAGGAGUUGGCGCCGCGCUUUAAACGCAAUCUGAUCACCACCAAUCAGGAUUCGGUUGAGAAUCUGCAAAUGCGCCCGGCGGCCAACUCGUUGCUGUUCCGUGCCGCCUCACAGAAUCAAAAAUUCCCGGCCACGCUGCCCAUCUCGACGCCGCCCAGCGGCAACUCCAGCUCGCAGCUGUCCAACUCGCAUUAUCCGCUGUUGGGCACACCGACAUCGCAUCUAAUGAACAAUCCGGCGCGUCCAUCGUCCACACCAUCGGCUGAGUAUGGUGCGGAUAAUCGUUCGCUGCUCGCGACCCAUCAGCUGGGCGAGAAGAGCCUCAAGGCGACCUCUUCGUCGCCGAACUUCGGCACAGCCGGCCAGUUAACAGCAGCUGAGCACACCAUGGAGCAGAAGAAGACAAUUUCGGGCGCUGACAGCAAGGAGCAGCUGGCCAAGAAUGGCGCAUUGGAGCGACCCACAACACCGUCGGGCUCCAAUUCGAGCAAGCAGCAGCAACAGAAGAAGGACAAGGGACCCAGCAAGGAGGAGAUGACUAAGAAGGCCACCGCCUACUUUAAGGAGAAGUUCUACUAUGAGGAGCCAAAUGAUGAUGAUGAUGAUGAUGAUGAAGUAACUGUAAAUGAUGAAAUUACGGCUGAUACCGCCAACGAAUCGGAAACAAUGGAAGCCACUAAACCGGAUCCAUUUACGGAACUGGUGGAGGGUUUCGUUGAGCUAAAACUGCCGGAGAAAGCGUUAAAGGAUGUCUGCCUCAAUCUGCUGAUGGAGGUGCUGGACCGUGUGAAUGAUGUAUACCUGGAGCGUAUCGUUCGCUUCCUGCAGACAUUGCGCAAACUGUCCAGCAUUAAGCCGAAUGUCAUCGUUGAGAUCUUCAAGCAACUGGUGAACAAAAUGAAUGAGCGCGAGGCACUGAAUCCACGGAUAACCGCACUGGUCGCCUCCGUGCUGAGCAAGGCGGUCUGUGAGCCGGCACUGAUUAAGCUAAAUGACAUUGCCAACUAUACGGACAAUGGACAGCAUUAUCCAUUGUUUUUGCUCGUGCUGCAGCAGCUGCACAAGACAAUUGGCAAGGAUGCGCUCGAGGAGAAGUUCCGUGCAAGCAAAAUUGAUUUAAUGAACAGCCUGCCCGAGGUGGAUCGCAACAAGGAGCGUUUGGCUGAAAUUCUUGAGGAUCGACAGCUGUCGUUCCUCUAUCCGCUGCUCAAGGUUCAAGCCGAGAUGCUUAAGCAGCUGCAGAGCGAUCCGAAUCCAAACAAUUUCUAUAAAUGGGUCAAGGCCAAUGUGGACAACAAAUACUACAAAGAUCCGGGCUUCAUACAGGCCCUCAUGACCGUUGUGGUCAAGUACAUAACCAAGGAGACGACACUCGCCAGCAACAUGGACCCGAAGGAGCAUCCCGAGAAGUCGGUCACCCAAAAGGAACAGGCCAUGCUGGAGACCUACAGCCAGAUGCUGCAAACCUUCCUCAGCCAAAACGAAUUGCAACUCAUGGCGCUCUACGCCCUGCAGCUCUUCUGCUACAACGAGAAUUUCCCCAAGGGCAUGCUUUGUCGCUGGUUCAAAUAUCUUUACGAUUCCGAGAUCAUUGAGGAGGAGGCGUUCGUUUUGUGGAAGGAGGAGAUUUCUGACAAAUACCCAGGCAAGGGCUCGGCGCUGUUUCAAGUGAACGCCUGGUUGACUUGGCUCCAGGAGGCCGAAUCUGAGGACGAUGAGGAUUGAAAUACCCAAAAUGCAUAA